AUGGGAGCACAGAACAAUGACAAAAGACAAUUUCUGCUGGAGCGACUGCUGGAUGCAGUAAAACAGUGCCAGAUACGCUUUGGAGGGAGAAAGGAGAUUGCCUCGGAUUCCGACAGCAGGGUAACCUGCCUGUGUGCCCAGUUUGAAGCGGUCCUGCAGCAUGGCUUGAAGAGGAGUCGAGGAUUAGCACUCACAGCGGCAGCGAUCAAACAGGCAGCCGGCUUCGCCAGCAAAACUGAAACAGAGCCCGUGUUCUGGUACUAUGUGAAGGAGGUCCUCAACAAACACGAGCUGCAGCGCUUCUACUCCCUGCGCCACAUCGCCUCGGACGUGGGCCGCGGCCGGGCCUGGCUGCGCUGUGCCCUCAACGAGCACUCCCUGGAGCGCUACCUGCACAUGCUCCUGGCCGACCACGGCAGGCUCAGCACUUUUUAUGAAGACUGGUCUUUUGUGAUGGAUGAAGAAAGGUCUAGCAUGCUUCCCACCAUGGCGGCUGGUCUGAACUCCAUCCUCUUUGCAAUUAACAUCGACAACAAGGAUUUAAAUGGGCAGAGUAAGUUUGCUCCCACUGUCUCGGACCUCUUAAAGGAGUCAACACAGAAUGUGACCUCCUUGCUGAAGGAAUCCACGCAAGGAGUGAGCAGCCUUCUCAGGGAGAUCACAGCCUCCUCUGCUGUCUCCAUUCUCAUCAAACCUGAACAGGAGACCGACCCUCUGCCUGUCGUGUCCAAGAAUGUCAGUGCCGAUGCCAGAUGUAAAAAGGAGCGGAAGAAGAAAAAGAAGGUGACCAACAUUAUCUCAUUUGAUGAUGAGGAAGAUGAGCAGAACUCUGGGGAUGUUUUUAAAAAGAUACCUGGGGCAGGGGAGAGCUCAGAAGAGAACUCCGACCGCUCUUCGGUCAAUAUCUUGUCUGCCUUUGAAAGCCCCUUUGGGCCAAAUUCCAAUGGAAGUCAGAGCAGCAACUCAUGGAAAAUUGAUUCUCUGUCUUUGAAUGGGGAGUUUGGGUACCAGAAGCUCGAUGUGAAAAGCAUCGAUGAUGAAAAUGUGGAUGAAAACGGGGAUGAUGUGUACGGGAACUCAUCAGGAAGGAAGCGCGUGGGCCACUUGCAGUCGCCUGAGAAGUCACUGGACGGGAAUACCUGCCUCUCCCAGAUGCACGGCUGGGCUCCGCUGCAGGUGCUGCACGGUGACACCGAUGUCCUCUUCCCCAUCAGUGGAGUGGGCUCCUUUAGCCCAGCAGAUGCCCCUCUCGGAAGCCUGGAGAACGGGACAGGACCAGAGGACCAUGUUCUCCCAGAGCCUGGACUUCAGUACAGCGUGGAAGCCAGUUCUCCAGGUCAGGGUAGUCCUCUGAGCAGCCUGUUACCUUCUGCCUCGGUGCCAGAGUCGAUGACAAUCAAUGAGCUGCGACAAGCCAUCGUAGCCAUGAUGAACAGAAAGGAUGAGCUGGAAGAGGAAAACAGAUCACUGCGGAACCUGCUCGAUGGCGAGAUGGAGCACUCAGCUGCACUCCGGCAAGAGGUCGACACCUUGAAAAAGAAGCUGGCUGAGCAGGAGGAGCGGCACGUCAUGAAGGUCCAGGCGCUGGCAAGAGAAAACGAGGUGCUCAAAGUCCAGCUGAAGAAAUAUGUAGGAGCUGUCCAGAUGCUGAAAAGAGAAGGUCAAACAUCGGAAGUUGUGCCAAAUCUUUGGAAUGUUGAUGGAGAAGUUACAGUCACGGAACAAAAGCCAGGAGAAAUUGCUGAAGAACUAGCAAGCUCCUAUGAAAGAAAGCUCAUUGAGGUGGCAGAGAUGCACGGUGAGCUGAUCGAGUUCAACGAGCGCCUGCACAGGGCCCUGGUGGCCAAGGAAGCCCUCGUGUCCCAGAUGAGGCAGGAGCUCAUCGAUCUCCGAGGGCCGGUGCCUGGAGAUUUGAGUCAAACAUCCGAAGACCAGAGUUUAUCGGAUUUUGAAAUAUCAAACCGCGCGCUGAUCAACGUCUGGAUCCCUUCAGUGUUUCUCCGGGGCAAAGCAGCAAACGCAUUCCACGUAUAUCAG